AACCCUAAUAAUAAUAAAAUAAUUAAGUACCCCUAAACUUAAUUUGGCCGGACCGGCGUCUCAAAAAGUUAAAUUCCGACGUCAUUCUCAUUUCUCAAUCUAAGUUCCCUUAAACCCUAACAAUGGCGAUCGCUAGUCCCCAACAGCAACCGCAAAUCCACAGGUUCCCGCAAUUCAAGUAUGUUGAUGGUGUUCGUUGGCUUCCACCACUCUCCGCAUUUAGCCGGUUUGCCGUCAUUGCCCUUUUCGACUCUGAUUCCGACUCAUCCUCCAUUGAAAUUCACUCCUUGACUCAAAAUCCACUGGAUAUAGUCCCUCAUUCGACAUGGAUUUCACCUUCAAGAGUAUCUUCACUUAAAACAUCUCAACUCCACCGAAACCCUCUUGUUUUCGCUUCGACUUACACAGGUUCUCUUCAUGUUUUAUCUGUCGAGCCAAUGGAAGCGUCGCUUGACUCGGAGCUUUCGGUACCGGAGAAGAUGUUGCACGACGGACCUAUUUCAUGUGUCGAUGUGAUGGAUGGGGGAGGUGAAUGUCUGACUGUUUCGGAAGAUGGACGGGUGAGUUUGGUGAGCGUUGGGGAAUCUGGAUUGAGUUAUCGUCGGAUAUUUGAUAGUAAUGGGUUGGUGUCGUAUAACGCUGUGAAAUGGGCAUCGCCUACCGAGUUUGUGACUGGUGGUUGUGGGUUUAGCUUGCAAUGGUGGGAUCAGAGGAAGCCCGGUGGAGCUGUUUCUCAGUUUAAGGCCAAUUGGGCGUCUGGUAUAGUUCACUGCAUUGAUAUCCAUCCAUCGCGAAAGCAUACUUGUUUGGCAGGGGGCUCUUUUGGGACUGUCUUUGCCUGGGAUUUGAGGUCACAACAGCAGCCUAUCAUUCUUUCGGGUCUAGAAGGGAGCAAAACAUCAAAUCCUUCGCCAUGUGAAAGUGAGGUUUGGGAGGUUCACUAUGAUCCUUAUAUUAAGUCUGGCAAUCUAGGUGGCAUGUCAUCUACACAGAUUUUACCUGCUAUGAUCUGCUCUGAGGACGGGAUUCUAACUAGUAUUGAGCAAGGCAAGGAGCCUGUGGAACUGCUGGCAGAACCAUGUGCAAUUAAUGGUUUCGACAUUAACCGUCAACAUCCAUCAGAAGUGAUAUGUAACUUGGAGUGGGAAUCCGUUGCCAUCCUGUCAAGACCUUGAUUUUCAGAAUCAGAAGUCAUCGUUCUUCCCAAAUUAUCAGGUUCCAAUCCACUAUAUAAAUUCCUUCAACGAUUUAAGGAGUAUCCUUAGCUUUCUAUCUCUCAUUGAGUGCAUGCAAUUUCUUAGCUUUAGGCUCAUGUAAAUUUGGCUGUGUUUACCACAUAAUUGGAACUCAAUUUUGAUAUGAAUUUUCAUACUGGUCAGAGACCAUAUUAGGGGGAUAUUUAUGAUAUUAUUUUGCUUUGUAUUUUAUAUGUAUUUAACCUGUUCUUCAUUCAACUUCUCAGCUUGACGCUUUCACUUUUAAUUUUUUUUAUACCAAAUAGAACAACUUUUUCUCCCAAUAUAGUGUUACAGAACGUAAAAUCUUUGCUA